GUGUUCGAGAGUGUUUUAGAUGGUGUAAACAGUGUCUUUAGGUCUUACAAGUUUGAUCUAUUUUUUUUUAGAAAUGAGUGGUGCUGUGUUGAGAAGGUGGAGGUCACAAAUAAAGGAGCUUUGUUGAGGAUGGUUGGUGUCUUCAGUGUCUUUGAGCCUGGAGUGCUGCAGGUGCAACUCGCACCAAUGCCGGUGACCAAAGUGAUCCGCUCUUACGAACACAUCCAGCCUGCAUGUCCCACGGGUCUGAGCAUUAAACUGAGAGGAGAAGACUGGAUUUUCAACUGGACUUUAACAAAGUACCGUACUGUACCUCUGACUACUGAACUCAAGUACUGGAGCCUACUAACUCCUGAGGAUGUGAAGAGCAACUUUCUCUCUGACGGAGAGAUGGUGUUUGCUAUAUCAGAGCAUUCUCUCAAGGGUUCCUCAGAGUAUCGUGCUCAGGUUCGCUGUAAUGUGAGUGCAUCCAGACGUUCAGGAUGGCGUUACUCUGGAUAUCCCUCAGAGUGGAGCGACCCCGUCUACUGGACCACACGACCUGAACCUCUUGCGCCACAUCUAGUUACAUUUCUCCUGUACGUCCUCAUUGCGACUCUCGCGUCAGCUGUCUCCAUCAUAGCUUUUAUCAUUCUGGUUGUCGCUCAGCGAAGACUGAGAGAAUGGGAUGUGUCUCUUCCCUCUCCUGUCCACAGCAAAGUCUCAGAGGUGUCACAGCACCCCCAGAUGGACCACUUCCCCUGCUGCACCGAACUGAAGGAUCCUGAUAUCAGUAAUGCUCAGAUUGUAGAUGUCCAUCCGCAGCUGUCCUCAUUCGAUUCGGAGAAUACCUUAACCACUGAUGCUAACAGCCAGUUCAGAGAAACCGAGGGCAAUCCAGUGAUUUUGCAUGUUGAUGAUCCAUGCCUUGUGUCCUUGUGUUCCUCUGGGAAUGCAAUGGGAAUAAAUGGUCCAUUUCAGCCUCAUUCCACCAAUGUCCAUGACCCAGUUCUCCCAUGUUCAGAGGGAUACAUGCAGAAUCCUGCAACUUCUGUUGGCACUACCCAGAAUGCAUCGCAAGAGACUUGUCUGAAUGUAGAAAUGGAUGACGGAUACAUGAAUUGCCCUAAGCCUGAAUUGAUCUCACCUAAACUAAGGACAAAUUUAAGACAAGAUUUAAACAAAGAUGUUUUCCAUCCACCUUCUUCAGGAAGUGCUUCAGGAAGAUGCUGAGUGGUGUAUAUACAUAUUUAUAUAUUUAGCAUACUUUCAACUCACCUAAAACAGGAAAUCCCAGAAACUCAUGACUGCUGUUUCUGUAGUGACCACCAGAGUGUGGUACAGUACUACAUAAUCUACUGUAGUUUGAGACUUUGGGUGAUGUCAGGAGUGUGCAAGCCUGCUCCUGGAGAUCCACUGUUUUGCAGAGUUUAGCUCCGACCCCAAUUAAAUAUACCCAAUUAAACAUGAAAAAUGAACAACAUGAAAUCUCCAGGCAAGUGUGUUGGGGCACAUCGGGGCAUGAGUGUCUUGUGUAACUACUAAAUAUUUCACUCUGUACCUGUAAAACAACAUUAAAU